GAAGACAAAGAAGGGAAGAACGCAGCCGCCAACGCCAUGCCGUCUCACAAGUCAUUCAUGAUCAAGAAGAAGCUGGCAAAGAAGAUGAGGCAGAACAGGCCCAUUCCUCACUGGAUUCGCAUGAGGACCGACAACACCAUCAGGUAUAAUGCUAAACGUAGGCAUUGGCGCAGAACCAAGCUUGGAUUCUGAGGUGCUUUGCUGUUGCAGUUUUCCCAAAUCCAGCCAAGAAUCAAAGUUUUAGCUCCUAGUGUUGUGUUUUAGGUUAAAUGAGGGAUUUUGAUCAUAUUGUUGUGACUGGUUCAUUUUUAGUAUUUUGAUGCAGAUGAUGGUUUGUUGUAUUAUGGAUGGUUGGUAAAUUCCCAUGGUUUGAUGUAAAAUUAUGUUCUAUUGUAUCA